AUGGCAACGUACAGAUUACCACGAAGACGCUUACCGACUUUACUGUUGGCCCGUUUGCUAGAGGAUAUUAAGGAUUUAGUUAUGGAGUGUAGGACAGGUAAUGUGAAAACUAUACACUGGGGAUAUUCAGUUAUAGCUGAAGCAGCAGCAGAAAGGUAUCUGAACCUAAAAGAAAAAGUAAUUUACUUUCACAAAAAUUUGGCGGAAUAUUUCUCUGCAGGUUGGACUGGAAAAGCAAAGGAUAAUUCUGACAAUUUACUAGUAAACGAUAGGCCUUAUAAUGACAAUGGGAGAUGUUUCAUUAGUGUGUGCAAGACUCGCAGCUUGAGUGAACUUCCUUAUCAUUUACUGAAAUGCCAAAAGAUCUCUCAACUGAAACUAGCUUCACUAUGCAACUUUGAAUGGAUGUUAGCGCGUCUAUGCGGAACAUCACUGGAGUCAUUGCUGGAGGACUAUGAGCCUGCGCUAAGAGCAGAGCCUCGCGAUUCGGAACUAAAGAUUGUGAUGAAUGCUCUUCUGUUGUCACGGAAUGCGUUAAAGAAUGAGCCCCGCCAGUUAGCAUCUCAGCUCAUUGGACGUUUACAAAGGAUAGUAACAGCAGAUAAUCCCAGGUCUCCUGGGGAUCCAAAAGCAUUUCCAAUUCUACACCUACUCCUGGCCUCAGCAAAACAACCAUCUAUCCCAUCCUUGAUACCCUCAGUGGAAUGUCUUUUUGAACCGGGUGGAAUUACACCUGAGAUAUUGUCUGGGCAUUUGAAAGCAGUUUCAGCCGUAACCUUGACAACUGAUGGCAACCUUGCGCUGACAGGCUCUCAAGAUGGAACAAUCAAAGUCUGGGAUGUACGUUCUGGGAAGAUAAUCCACUCAAUACAUGGCGUGACCUCAAAGGUGUGCAGUAUAAGAAGCGCAAUGAACAACACUCUAGUGAUCACCGUGGAUGGUUCAGUUAUUCGAAUUUGGGAUAUGAACUCUGGGGUUUGCGUCUUCACGAUUGCCCAGUAUAUAGACCCUGCUCGAAUUUCAAUUGCAGCUGAAGGAAUGAUUCUUGUCGGGGUCUACGAUGGAUCCAACAUGCUUCGAUCUUGGAACCUGGAUGGUUUUUCAAUGCUAUGUCAAACACAUAUACCAGAUACAAGUAUUCACAAGGACAAUUCAAUUCUCAUUGCUGAUUCCUCAAGAGGUGACAAUAUUCUUCACGCUUUUAGAAGCGGUAAUUCAGCAACUGUUCAAAAUGCUCGAAAUGGGCGUGUCUUCAAGAAGCUACAAUGCCACGAGAAGACAUCAUCAGUUGUAGCACUGGCAAUCACCAGCGAUUACCUUAUCCUUUGCUGCAGACAGAAGACUGUUUCAUCACAAGAAAUUCACGCUUUAGAGCUUUUUGAUACAGUGAAAGGAACCUACACAAGAACUGUCCGAGGUUGUGAAAAUGACAACAUCACGCAACUGACAACUAACUCUAUGGGGAGCCAUGCAAUUGCAUCGUCUUCGAACCUUCGGAUCGGAACCUCAGAUAUUGCCGUGUUCAACUUAGAAACAGAGGGUCAUAAACAUCUGGCUCCACACUCAGGUAUUAGCACCAUGUGCGUUUGCUUUGACUUUCGCUGCUGUGUGACUGGUGAUGCUGAAGAUAAAUGUUUGAGGGUUUGGAACCUCAGCCCAGUGAUCAAUGUGCAGGUGCCCAAGUCAAAGAAGGUGUGCGGUUUGUCGGAGAUAUGGCCCAUGGUUGAUAAUCCAAGGUAUGUGGUUACUAAAGCAGCCAACGACGGACCAAUCAGUAUAUGGAACGUCACCAAAGGGAAAUGCCUCCAGUCUGCAGUCAGAAUAGAACGAGGCUUAACUGAGGGCACGGAUGCUCUGGUCAUUCGAAACACCACACUCGUUAUUCUCACGGAUCGAGGCUUAUCGAGCGUCAUCGAUGACCCGCUUCCAGUUUUCAGAACUGUUCUCGUCUAUGAUCUUAAACUGAAGAAGUACAUUAGGAAAUUAGCAGGGUGCUAUAUUGUACCUGCACCGUCUCAUGAGUACACGCUACUGGAGAGCGAUAGCUUGUUGGGACUUUCUGAUAACAGGUCCCAUUUCAUCGUUUGGAGUCUUGUGAAAGGUCAUGUUGUCUUCAGGAUUAAGACCGCUUUCAGGGAGAUGGCCAGAGCUAAAGUUGAUGGAAACAUGGGUCUUGUAGAUAGACCUAAGGUCAACAGACGAGCGGCCUCGAAGAUUGCUGCUAUGGAGAUAAGAGCUCAGUCUAAAUCUGCUCGUAAUGUGAAAGAAGACAGCAAAUCAGCGAGGCGACGACUUGAAGAGUUAGGCCCAGAGAAGGAGAAUGCAAUCGAUCAGUUUCUAGUGAGUGGCGACGAGAAAACCAUCGUUGCCUCAUUCUACGCCCAUCACUUGUGUGUCUUUGACAUCCCGACACACACCCACACACAAACUCUGCAGACAGACUACUCCAUGAUGCUUCUCCACACAGCUGCUUUGACUUUUGGAGGCACCCACCUAGUCCAUGCCAAUUAUGACGAAGUUCGGAAGGCUAGCUACAUUACAAUGUGGGAUUGUGUCACAGGAGAGGUUAAGCGACGUCUCAAGGGAGAAACUGAAGUAUGCGUUGUUGGAAUCACUGAUGAUGCUCAAAGAGUUGUCAUUGGGCGAGCACCUGGUGAACUUCAUAUAUGGGACCCAAUGCAGUCCCACUCCCUGAAACGAAUCCGGGGGUACCCAGGUUUCAAGUUUCAAGCGAACAGCAGACUAAUUUUAACAGAAAGUGGAGACAAAGCGAUUGUGUUUUCUGGGGACAUAACCGUAUGGGAUUUAAUGCACAAAAACGUACAAGCUGUGUUCACACCUGAUUCACGUAUUUCUGUAUGUAAAGUGAUUCUAAACGGUAAACUGAUUCUGAUUGGGCUGUGUGACAAACCAGAGCUUGUGGUACUGAAGCUAGCGUCUCGUGAUCUGACACACGUUGAAGACACCGGCGGAGUGGAGCUUUUUGGGGAAACUACAGGGGAUACUUCUGAGGAGGAGAAUAGCGAUGAACUUGAUAAUGAAACUGACAAUUAA